GUACGCGAUCGAAGACUUGGGCUAUGCCCCUAAAGACAUUGUUCUAAUAGGAUUCAGCUUGGGUACAGCCGCUAUGGUGCACAUUGCAUCGAUAACACCCGAUCUGGUUUUCAGUUACGACAAGGCAGAGAACAUCAAAUGUCCGACGCUCGUCUGCCACGGCCAGGACGAUGCGAUCGUAGAUCAUCACCACGGUCUUGCUAUGAAGGAAAGGAUAGCAAACAGCGAACUGUUCCUCAUUCCUGCCAGCCAUCAGGUUCAACAACGGCCGUAUAAACUAUG